GCUACUUUUGAAGCUCCUUUUGGCUAGUGGAGACAAGCUUUUCCCGAGCCCUUUUUAUAGAAGUCCCUUUAGUACUUGGUGUGGUGAAUUCAAAAACUAGUUCUGCCUCUGGAAAGAAACUGACAUGGCAAAUUCUACUCUUCUGGUUGCUCUUAAGAUCCUUUCGAUUUUAAUAUUUGCUGCUUGGGUUUCUCUUUGGCUUCUGAAGCCAACACAGCUAUGGACAAGAAAAUGGAAGGCGGCUGAAGAUAAAGCAAGGGCUACAGUGUUUGGAUAUUAUGGUCUUAAUUUUGCUGUGUAUACAUUUCCUCCUAUUGCUUUGGCUAUUAUUGGAUCAUUCUACUUGAAUUUGAAGCCAAGGGAGUCAAUAAGAAGCAGAAAAGGGAGGAAAUUGACUGCUGGCUUCUCAAAUCCAUUGCUAGUGAACACCCUUGUGGGUGUUUUGUCCACUCUAGAAAUACUAGCAGUCUUCCUCUUUAUCCUCUUCUUAGCUUGGAAUUUUUAUGCACGCAUCUCAAAUGAUUUCAAGAACUUGAAGCCUGCUAAAUCACUAAUGCUGAAUUCAUGGCAACUCAAGUACCUAAAGGUGGCAACUCGGUUUGGUUUGUUAGCAGAAGUCUGCCUGGCUUUUCUUCUUUUCCCUAUAUUAAGAGGACUUGCCUUAUUUCGGUUGCUUGGCAUCCAGUUUGAAGCUUCUGUAAGAUACCAUAUAUGGCUUGGGACUGCAUUGAUAUUUUUUGCCACUUUCCAUGGUGCAAGCACUUUGUUCGUUUGGGGGGUCAGCCACUAUAUCCAGGAGGAGAUAUGGGAAUGGCAGAAAACCGGGCGGAUAUACCUUGCUGGGGAGAUCUGUCUGGUCACAGGGUUAGUGAUUUGGAUCACAUCGCUUCCUCAAAUAAGGAGAAAACAGUUUGAAAUAUUUUACUACACACACCAUCUCUACAUGAAAGCUAUAGAGCUUAUUCUACCAAAAGAUCCAGGGCUCAAGUAUACACCAACAAGCAUUAUAUUUGUGAAGGUACCAAGUAUAUCCAAAUAUGAGUGGCACUCAUUUAGCAUUACUUCCUGCUCUAGGGUUGAUGAGAACACAAUGUCUAUAAUGAUCAAAUCCGAAGGAUCGUGGACAAGUUCUCUCUCCCAUAUGAUCCAAACUAGGCAAGAGUCGGAUGGCGAUCAGACGAAGUACAUACCUAUUGCAGUAGAAGGCCCUUAUGGACCUGUCUCUAUGGACUUCCUAAGAUAUGACAGUCUACUUCUUGUUUCUGGAGGAAUUGGAAUAACCCCAUUUCUGAGCAUCAUACUGGAACUUGCUUUGUCCCAAAACAGCGGCAUAAACAAAUUCCUACCAAGAAUGCAGCUUAUAUAUGUUGUGAAGAAGUCCCAAGACAUUUGUCUGUUGAACUCAAUCUCACCUCUAAUAUUUGGCCAGCCAGCAGAAAAAUGCCUUCUGAAAGUUAAAGUCUUUGUGACCCAAGAAGAGCAGUCUGAUGCAACAGUAAGAGAAUUACUAAACGAGUUUUCUGAAGUGCAAACAGUGAACUUUGGUACAAAGUUCUUGAAUUUUUCAAUCAGUGGACUUGAAAACUCACUUUGGAUGGCUGCCAUAGCAGGAAUUUCCUCUAUCCUGUUUCUCAUCUUUCUCAUUAUGUUCAACCACAUUUUUGUUCCCUCCCAGAAAAAUCCCACCAAAGAGAAGACUCCAUCUUGGGUUGUAGAUCUGCUUAUCAUAUCUUCCUUCAUUCUGGCAUUAAUAUGCAGCAUCUUUGUAGCCCUUGUUAUAAGAUGGAGAAGGCUAAAGAAACAGAUUCUUCCUACCCUCCAAAAACAAAGCAAAGCUUUAGAAAAAGGGUCAACACAAGCAAGUGAUGCUCUUGAGGAACAUGAAAUCCAUUUUGGAGGCAGGCCUAACUUUGAAGAUAUCUUUGCAAAGUUUCCAGAUGAGAAAGGUGGAUCUGAUAUUGGAGUGUUGGUCUGUGGACCUGAGACUAUGAAAGAAUCAGUGGCAUCAAUUUGCCAGAAAAAAUGUGGAGCUAAGAAGCAGAAACCGAAUUUCAGCUUCCACUCCCUCAAUUUCACACUCUAGUCUCACACCAGAAACCAUAAAAAAAAGUGAAGAUAAUAACAGUUAGAUUUCCAUCCAAAAUAGUAUACAGAUCAAUCAACUCUAGAUAUUUGGUAUUUUAAUCAACAGGUUUGUGUCUAUCUAGAUUGAUCAGUUGUUGUAAUUGCUUCUUAGGCUUCGAAGAUAAUGAAUUUGAGCAAUGUACAUAUAUAUAAAUGUCUCUUUGUUUGUGGUAUAAAUAUGAACUUUAAUGAUUGGAA